GGCGUAUGCGUGUUACGCAACGCGACGUGAAUCCCCUCCUCCCUCCUCCCUCCUCCUCCCUCCGCUGCUGCGUAAACGGCGUAAAAAAAAGAUCCAGAGCUCGUCACAUCGCGCUCUCCGGUGAUGCACGAUCCCGUGGCUCUGCCCCCUGCGAGGCAUGUCUUCUCCCCGCUACGCCGCCGCCGCCGCCGCUCCUGCUUUGUCGCGUGAAACCACCGCGCCGUCGACCCUCCCCAGCUGAACCGGCCUGCCCGCCCCCCCCCCCGUCCUCCCGCCCCCCCCGACCGCCCGGUCGUCGGUCCGGUGUUUGUCCGGCCCCACACCGCAGCAGCAGCAGCAGUCGCCCCGGCAGCUGUGCCCUUUGCUCCUGAGCGCGGCUCCCAUCAUGACCUCCUCCUCCUCUUCCUCCUCCUCCUCCUCCUCCUCUUCCUCCUCCGAAAUUCGCUAAUGGGAUUCGCGGCCGCUCCGAGGUUUCCACAGCAACUGGCCGCCCGCUUCCAUUCGGCCCCUCGAUGAGGACGGGGACAGACACGCUCACCUAACACGGCUCCUCGCUGCGCGUCUCUGAUCUUUCUUUCUUUUUUUUUAUUGAGGGAGGGAGGGGGGGGGAGACUUGAGACCCGAGACGCGUCAAAGGUCUGCACAUGGGGGCGGGCAAGAGCAAGCCCAAGGAGCCGGGCCAGCGCUCGAUGAGCCUGGACGGCACCAUCGGCACAGGCUCCGACAGCGGGCGCUUCCACCACCUGGGCCCCGCCCAGCAGACCCAAACCCCCAACCGGAGCCCCGCGGUCGGGACGGGCAGGCGGGGGCAUCAGGGGCACCAGCACGCCCCGACAAACACUCCCGAGCUGGCUCUCUUCGGGGGCGUGGACCACAUGGGCACCAUCACCUCACCUCAGAGGGGACCUCUGUCAGGAGGUGUCACUACAUUUGUGGCUCUGUAUGACUAUGAGUCACGGACAGCGUCUGAUCUGACCUUCCGGAAAGGCGACAGGCUGCAGAUUGUCAACAACACGAAAAAGUACAGCUUCAGAGAAGGGGACUGGUGGCUCGCUCGCUCGCUAACGACAGGCGAGAGUGGUUAUAUCCCCAGCAACUAUGUGGCUCCGUCCGACUCCAUCCAAGCAGAAGAGUGGUAUUUUGGGAAGAUCACCCGGCGGGACUCGGAGAGGCUCCUUCUGAACCUACAGAACAGACGAGGAACCUUCUUGGUGCGGGAGAGCGAGACCACUAAAGGGGCAUAUUGCCUGUCAGUGCUGGAUUAUGACAACACCAAAGGCCUGAACGUUAAGCAUUACAAGAUCAGGAAGCUCGACAGCGGCGGUUUCUACAUCACCUCCCGCACCCAGUUCACCAGCCUACAGCAGCUAGUCUUCCACUACCGCAAGCACUCCGACGGGCUGUGUCAUGCUCUGUCGGACGUGUGUCCGGUGGCCAAACCUCAGACUCAGGGACUGGCCAGGGACGCCUGGGAGAUCCCCCGAGAAUCCCUCCGCCUCGACCUCAAACUGGGACAGGGCUGCUUCGGAGAAGUCUGGAUGGGUACGUGGAAUGGCACAACGCGAGUGGCCAUCAAAACCCUGAAGACCGGCACCAUGUCUCCGGAGGCCUUCCUCCAGGAGGCACAGGUCAUGAAGAAGCUGAGGCACGAGAAGCUGGUGCAGCUGUACGCCGUGGUGUCCGAGGAACCCAUCUACAUCGUGACCGAGUACAUGAGCCAAGGUAGCUUAUUGGACUUCCUUAAAGGAGAAGCAGGAAAGAUGCUUCGCCUGCCUCAGCUGGUAGACAUGGCUGCUCAGAUCGCUGCGGGCAUGGCCUAUGUGGAGAGGAUGAACUACGUGCACAGAGAUCUGCGUGCUGCCAACAUCCUGGUGGGAGACAGCCUGGUGUGCAAGGUGGCUGACUUUGGUCUGGCAAGACUCAUCGAGGACAACGAGUACACAGCGAGACAGGGAGCCAAGUUUCCAAUCAAAUGGACGGCACCGGAGGCAGCUCUGUACGGCCGCUUCACCAUCAAGUCAGACGUCUGGUCCUUUGGUGUGCUGCUCACAGAGCUGGCAACUAAAGGCAGAGUCCCCUAUCCAGGAAUGGUGAACCGCGAGGUGCUGGACCAGGUGGAGCGCGGCUACAGGAUGCCCUGCCCGGCCGAGUGCCCCAGCUCCUUGCACGAGCUCAUGCUCUCCUGCUGGAGGAAGGACCCGGAGGAGAGGCCUACGUUCGAGUACCUGCAGGGCUUCCUAGAGGACUACUUCACCUCCACAGAACCCCAGUAUCAGCCCGGGGAGAACCUAUAGAACCACCCACUGGAGGUGGGGCGGGGGGGGAGAACCUCAACACCGCACGAUCUGCACUAACCGACCUCAGAGGAAACGCCUGUGAGAGGAUCCGAGCCUGUGAAAGUCACGCGGGAGGAACUCGAGGUUCUUCUGUGGAAGCGAAAACAAAAAAAGCAAAAGCCCCGAGAUAGCAACUGACGGCAAUCGCCUCCGUGCUGUUGAGGAAGCGCUGCAGAAGAACCUGGAGAACCUCCUCCCUGAAAUCACUCACUGUUUACUGUGAGCUCUCCCGUAGCUGUAAAAGGAGAACUCCUGCUGGACAAACUCUGGCUCUGAUGUGGUGGGGGGUGGGGGGGGGGACCACACUUACAGACAAGAGCAAGAGGGAGCGAAGGAGCCUCCAGUCGAAGAGAGAGAAGGGAGGGGUAUUUCAGUCGGCCAUGAGCUGUUCAGCGACGCCUCCCUCCUUCCCUCUUCUGUCACGUCCCUCCUGUCGCCCUCGCCUGGAACCUUCUCCACCCGCAGAAGAGCACUGCCACCGGGGCUCAGGUGCCAAAUGAGAAAGUCGAAUCGCUCCGAAAAAAUGUCCCUCAUCUCCCUGCUGCCUCUCUCCUCUCUCUAUUUCUGUCUGACUUUCAGUAUCUCUCUCCAGUUUUCUCAAGUGCUGCUUCUUCACAGUGUGUCCGAAUAACUCGGCUCUGGAGCGCUCUACUUUGCGUCUUUAUUUAUGUUUACUUUGGGGUAACAUGCCCAAAGUACAAAUAAACUUCUUUCUCUUUUUUUUUUUUUGUCUGUGAUUAUCAAUAGGCAAGGUUGUGAGAACCACUAUCACAGUAGUUCCAGGAUAAUUGUUCUUUACAGGCUGGUUCUGUUACACUGAAAAAAAAAAUAAGAUUUUUAGGCCUUUAGCGCCUUCAUCUUUUUUUUCCCCGGCUGUUUUUUUCUUGACACAUGCUGAACAGCCACUGUGACCUGCUGGAUCCAACCCCGAUGAGAAAAACUGAUUUGGAUUCUGUUAGUGUUUAAAUCCCUGUUGUUGAUUUGAACUGGAAACGUUGCAAUGCAGAUAAUCAGCACUGUUGUGGUGGCGGCACUGGGCAGUAUUAAUAGUCACCAGCUCAUUUCCUCGGGGGCACAAAUGGCGUAUCCAACAUUUAUGUGAUCCACUAAAAGGCUGGUCCGGCUACCAAACCAAUCAUAUUACUGUUUAAUAAUCCAACUCUGAUCAAGAUGGGGGGGGAGCCUGCUGUGUUCUGUGCCAAACGAAUCACAUUUCUUUACUGCUGUCUAUGUAUAUACUGUUUUAUUAUCAAUGGGCUUUCUUAGUUCUUCAACAGGCAAGUGUUUACUUCAAAUUUAUAAUUACACUUUUCCAUUUACACUUUUCCAUUCCCCCAGUAAACGGCACGUGAGUCGAACGGGACAGACAAGCCCGUCACUGUUCGAUGAAGGAAUCAAAAGGUUUCCAUUUUGCUUCACCGCUGUUACGACCAUACGAAUAUGCAACCAGGCAUCUCUAAUGAAACUGUCAAACGUUGAUCAGGUAUAACCCUAAUAAAACUGUUUAUGACUUGCUAUAAGAGUUGAUUUUGAAACCAGUUAGCAUGCUUUUGUGCCGUUCUUCUCUUUGACCAUUGGCUGGGUUUGUAUUUAUGCUGUAAUGUGCAUCAACACGUGUUUGUUUCCUUUACUCGAGGCUCGGGCGAGGCGAGGGGAUCAUAGACAGACUUAGGAACACUUGUGCCAUUGACUUAUAAUUUUUUUUUUAAUAUAUAUAUCUUAUCCACUGACUGCUGCCAGUUCUCGCUGUCAUUCUGUACAUACUGUAGCUCUCUAGGGUUGGUUUUUACAUGUACGCCACUUUCAAAUGGCAUAUUUAUGUCCAUCAUCACACAUUUCACAGUGGUUUAGUUUAUGACGUAGUUGAUACAGCAACAGUAUAUAUGAUUAUAGAAUUUUAUUACCAACAAAUAGGACUAAACCAUCAAUUAUAAUAUGAGUCAUGCAGCAAUAAGAGAGAGGAUAGCCCACGCCCAUCAAAAACCCCAAAAUGAUUAUCCACGAAUAAUGAUGAACGAUGACGGCUAAUUGAAUCAAUAAGGUGGAUGACUCUGAAACGCCAUUGAAAAAGGAGUUUGGGCCAUUAAACGAUGUGACAAAACAUUUGAUGAAGUCAAAGAUGUAAAUAGUAUCUAAAACAAACGACUGUGACGAUCAUGUAAUUUGUUUUUUGUAUAGUUUUUCUUCAAUCGCACCUCCAUGCGGAGGUUUUUACAGUGAUGCGCGCCUGCUCCCGAAACGUUUUGAUAAUUAGACGCUCCUGUAAAUGAGUCUUAUGGAAUGUUAAAAAAAAAAUUUAAAUGUUGGACUUAAUGUGAAAUCAGCCCCGUUUGAGAUCUCUAUCUGCAAAAAAAAGACCAUUUAAAAUUCGGCCAGGCACCUAUAAGUGCUUUCCUCUUUUGAAUUUUGGGAAUUACCCGGUUUGCUCAGAUGCACUGAACCGCCUGUAAGUCAUUGGAGCAAUGUGGAAGUUGACGGGCUCAUGACAAGUAUGAGUAGCCAAGGUCUUAUUGUGCCAUAUUUAAGUGUCUCGGCCUUUUUUUUUUUGUUUUUUGUUUUUUGAAAUCUAUGCAGUUUUGGUCCGAUAUUCUUGCAAUUCUACGGCCAUUUUGUUCUUAAGUCAAAAAACCAUGAUCAUAAACAGGUGUGAGCAUUUUGUAAGGACUUCUUUUGUCUUUCUUUCUGGUGUAAUGGGAUUGAAAAUGGGUAUUGUGCCACUUUAUGUUGAUCUUAUGUUGUGCAAUAAAUCAUAUUUCAAAUGUG